AUGGAGCAUCUCAACUUUAGCAUCAAUCAGACUUCUGAAUCUGACUUUGUCAACACCAAUGGUACUGUGGGCUCUGAACAGGUAGGCACUGCAGUAUUUCUAAGCCUGUGCUGCUUGGUUGGAUUGCCCAGCAACAUUGCAGUUAUCAUCACCAUCGCUCGUCAGUGGAACAAACAGAGAUUCACUGAGAAGCUAAUGCUAAACCUGGCUAUAUCUGAUUCUUUGGUCCUCAGUUUGGCUCCUUUUGGAGUUUCUGGCCUGCUGCAUGGAUGGGCAUUUGGCCUUUGGUCAUGUAAGAUUCUGAUGUAUCUAAUCUACUGUGCUAUGUAUGCUGGUGUGUUGACUGUGACUAUGAUGGCUGCACAUCGCUAUCACAUAAUUAAAUCAAAAGUUCCUGAUCGCAGCAAACAGGAAAGACUGCAGAAAGCUCGUAGACAGUUACAAUUAAUUGGGCUCUGGAUUGUAGCCACAGUUUUUGCCUUACCUGUACUUUUCAUUCAAAGUGUUCAGUUGAAGAGGGGAUCUUUAAGGUGCCAGAGGACCAUAGAAUUAACCUCUGGAAAGGUUACAGUUCUUGUGUUGGAGAUCCUGUUUGGAUAUGUCCUCCCUUCCACCAUGAUAACUGCAUCUUACUGCUGCAUCUGCAAGAGUCAGCUACAAAGAGAUACUAGUACUAGGGGAGUCAAUAGGUUGCAGUGCAGCAACACUGCAUCCCUAAAAAAUAGAGAAAGAAAGAAGAGAACGAGAAGGCUUGUGAUCAGUAUCAUCGCAGCCUUCUUUCUUUUCUGGACUCCUGUACAUCUCAUCAACAUGUUUGACAUUGCCACUACUCUGACUAAGACAUCGUCUCCAGCUGUCUAUGCUCAACUAAAAGUGAUUCGUAGAGCAACAGGAGAUUUGAGCAAAACUGUCUCUAUAAUUAAUUGCUGUGUGAACCCAUUUCUGUAUGCAGUUGCAUCAGGGAUCUUCAAGAAAAGAGACAUUACCAAGAAAGGGAAAACAGCAUCGACAUUACUGUAA